GCGGGGGCGGCUCUUGUUUAAUAAAAUUGGAAAUGAACUCGCAGCCCUGGGCGCCUCAGCGCGGCUUCCCGUCGCAGGUGGAGGGCGUGUCCACCGCGCAUGCGCCACUCUCUCCUGCGCGUGCGCAGGGCCCGCCGCGUUCCGGUCCCAGAGGCACUUUCCGGUGGUUGGUAGCCGGGCCGGGAGGGCGCGGGCGGGAGCCGGCUGCAUGCCCUCCGAUCCCGCCUUCACGUGUCCCCCGUGGGCGCCGAGUGCAGAGACGCCCGACGGUCGGUCGGCUGUGCACUGCCGGCGCCGGAGGACCGAGUGAGACCCCGGCGGGCGGGAGGCCGGGCCGGGCGAGCAGAUCCCGCCUCCAGAUGCUCGCGAUGCCCCCGGUGCCUCCCGCCCCCUUCCGGCCGCCUCUUUGGUGGCUGAGUCGGGGUCUCCGCCGGCCCCGGCUCCUGUGCACGCAGUCGGCGCUCUAUGGCGCCCCCGCCCCGCGCAGGAACCGGGAAGCCAAACAGAAGCGCCUGCGGGAGAAGCGGGCGGCCCUGGAGGCCGGGCUGACCGAGCAGACCGAGUCACCCGCAGAGCCCCCCAAGGCCUGGCGUCCCAAGGAGGUAGUGGAGUACGGCAUCCCCACCGCAUCCUGGGAGAAGAAAGACGUCUCUGCGCCCUUGCCUCCUGCUUACAGCCCCCGCUAUGUGGAGGCGGCCUGGUACCCGUGGUGGGUGCGAGAGGGCUUCUUCAAGCCGGAGUACCAGGAGCGGCUGCCCCAGGCUACAGGGGAGACCUUUUCCAUGUGCAUCCCGCCCCCCAACGUCACUGGCUCUCUGCACAUCGGCCACGCACUCACAGUGGCCGUACAGGACGCCCUCGUGCGCUGGCACCGGAUGCGCGGAGAUCGGGUGCUGUGGGUCCCUGGCUCCGAUCACGCAGGAAUUGCUACACAGGCUGUGGUGGAGAAACAGCUGUGGCGGGAGCGGGGCGUGAGGAGACAUGAGCUGGGCCGGGAAGACUUCCUGAGGGAGGUGUGGCGGUGGAAGGAGGCCUUUCUUGGGGUUGCCCACAAAGUGACUGCCCCUGCCAUCCUGCCAGGUGUGUGCACCCCAAGGCCACACACGGAUGGCAGGGAAGCAGGAUGCAUGGUGUGUGGCUGUGGGAGUCUUAGGUGUGAGCUCUACAGAGAGGCUGUGACUGACCUGGUCUCAACCUUCCAGGUGGAGAGCCGGCCACUACAAGGCCGCACGGAGCUCCGGCUGCCCGGCUGCCUGACCUCUGUGUCUUUCGGCCUCCUUGUUUCUGUGGCCUUCCCUGUGGAUGGAGAGCCUGAUGCUGAGGUUGUGGUGGGAACCACGAGGCCAGAGACACUGCCUGGAGACGUGGCUGUGGCCGUUCACCCUGACGACUCCCGAUACACACAUUUACAUGGGCGACAGCUUCGUCACCCCUUGACGGGGCAGCUUCUUCCCCUCAUCACAGACACCGCUGUUCAGCCACAGAUGGGCACAGGGGCAGUGAAGGUGACUCCAGGCCACAGUCCUGUUGAUGCUGAGAUGGGGGUCCGGCAUGGCUUGAGCCCCCUGAGUGUCAUUGCGGAGGACGGGACCAUGACCUCCCUCUGUGGAGACUGGCUGCAGGGUCUUCACCGGUUUGUGGCCCGGGAAAAGAUUGUGUGUGCACUAAGGGAGCGGGGCCUGUUUCGGGGCCUCCAGGAGCACCCCAUGGUGCUGCCCAUCUGCAGCCGUUCUGGGGAUGUAGUCGAGUACCUGCUGAAGAGCCAGUGGUUUGUCCGCUGCCAGGAAAUGGGGGACCGAGCCGCCAAGGCUGUGGAGUCGGGGGCCCUGGAGCUCUGGCCCUCCUUCCACCAGAAGAGCUGGCAGCGUUGGUUUGCCCACAUCGGGGAUUGGUGUGUCUCCCGACAGCUGUGGUGGGGACAUCAGAUUCCAGCCUACCUGGUUGUUGGGGAGUGUGUGGAGGGUGACGAGGAGUGCUGGGUGGUUGGGCAGUCAGAGGCCGAGGCCAGAGAACGAGCAGCAGAGCAGACUGGGAGGCCAGGGGCUGAGCUGACCCUGGAGAGGGACCCCGAUGUCCUGGACACCUGGUUCUCUUCGGCUCUUUUUCCCUUCUCUGCCCUGGGCUGGCCCCAACAGACUGCAGACCUUGCUCGAUUCUACCCCCUGUCACUUAUGGAAACAGGCAGCGACCUCCUGAUGUUCUGGGUGGGCCGCAUGGUCAUGCUGGGGACCCAGCUCACAGGGCAGCUCCCCUUCAGCAAGGUGCUGCUUCAUUCCAUGGUUCGGGACAGGCAGGGCCGGAAGAUGAGCAAGUCCCUGGGGAAUGUGUUGGACCCACGGGACAUCAUCAAUGGGGUGGAGCUGCAGGUGCUGCAGGCCAAGCUGAGAGAUGGGAACUUGGACCCAGGAGAGCUGGCCAUUGCAGCUGCAGCCCAGAAAAAGGACUUUCCUCACGGGAUCCCCGAGUGUGGGACGGAUGCCCUGAGAUUCUCACUGUGCUCCCAUGGAAUCCUGGGGGGUGACCUGCACCUGUGUGUCUCUGAGGUCCUGAGCUUUCGCCAUUUCUGCAACAAGAUCUGGAACGCUCUGCGCUUUAUCCUCAGUGCACUGGGGGACAGCUUCGUACCCCUGCCCACGGAGGAGCUGUCUCCCUCCUCCCCCAUGGACGCCUGGAUCCUGAGCCGCCUGGCCCUUACAGCCCAGGAAUGUGAGCGAGGCUUCCUCACCCGGGAGCUCUCUCAUGUCACGCACGCCCUGUACCAUUUCUGGCUGCACAGCCUCUGUGACGUCUACCUGGAAGCGGUGAAGCCGGAGCUGUCCCGUGCUCCCUGCCCGCCAGGGCCCCCUCAAGUCCUGUUCUCCUGUGCAGAUGUUGGUCUGCGCCUCCUUGCCCCGCUGAUGCCCUUCCUGGCAGAGGAACUGUGGCAAAGGCUGCCCCCCAGGCUGGACGGUUCCCCUGCCCCCAGCAUCUGUGUGGCCCCCUACCCCAGUGCCUGCAGCCUGGAGCCCUGGCGCCAGCCUGAGCUGGAGCGCUGCUUCUCCCGAGUCCAGGAGGCUGUGCAGGUGCUGCGGGCACUCCGAGCCACUUACCAGCUCACCAAAGCCCGGCCCCAAGUGUUGCUUCAGAGCACAAACCCAGGAGAGCAGAGACUCUUCCAACCCUUCCUGGAGCCUCUGGGCACCCUGAGCCACUGUGGGGCCGUAGGGUUGCUGCCCCCAGAUGCGGCCGCUCCCUCUGGCUGGGCCCAGGCACCACUUGGUGACACCAUUCAAAUCUACAUGGAGCUACAGGGCCUGGUGGAUCCCCAGAGCCAGCUACCUCGGCUAGCUGCCCGGAGGCAGAAGUUACAAAAGCAGUUUGACAGCCUCCUGGCCCGGCCCUCAUCAGAGGGGGUGGUGGCGAGGCAGCAGAAGCUUGCCUCCCUCCGCCUGGAAUUGUCAAAGCUGGACCAGGCAGCCUGCCACCUUCAGCAGCUGUUGGAUGGGGCUCCCGGCGUCAGGGAGCUCUGAGCCCAACUCAUCCCUCCCGUGUUCUCCCUGGCUUGCCUUUGAGGACAGACCCAACCCGCCUGCUGCUGGUGCAGUGGACCGUAGAGGCAGCGUGACCUGCCUUGUGAUUGAGGAGCUAAAGAUAAGUUGACAAGAUCCCA